AUGCCUAUUAGCAAUGUGCGAUUGUACUGGAACAGAUCUAUAUCGAUAUCUUUGUUUGUAGAGACCCUACCACUAAAUGUAUUUGAGAAGAUCAGACAGUUUCUGCAUUUCAACGAUAAUUCUCUACUAGUACCAAGAAACGAACCUGGCCAUGAUCGGAUGCACAAAAUAAGACCUGUGAUUGAAACCAUACGGAAGAGAUUCAAUUCUAUUCCAGUGGAGGAGAGAGUUGCAUGUGAUGAACAGAUGUGCUCGUCAAAAGCCCGACAUUUUCUCAUUCGUUACAUGCCAAAAAAACCUAAUAAAUAUGGUUUUAUUCUGUAUUUACUGUCAGGUAUGUCUGGAUUUUCGUAUAAUUUUGAGGUGUACACUGGCCAGGAAGGAGAAGAGGAAAGGCUGCCUAAUGAACCCGACAUCGGAGCAACCGGUAAUACCGUUGUGCGUCUUACCAGAAUCCUCAAACCUCACCAGAAUCAUAAAAUAUAUUUUGAUAAUUAUUACACCUCAAUUAGCCUUUGUGACUACUUGUUGUCCCAGGGUGUACAUUGCGUUGGAACCGUACGAACAGAUCGUAUACCAGACUGUCCGCUUCCUGACAAAAAAACUCAAAAAUCCAUGGUAAGAGGCCAAUCAGUGGAGUAUGUGGGUGAAAUGAAGAAUGGGAAGAUAGCAGCAGUAUCCUGGAAAGACAAUAAGUGUGUCAACCUCCUGUCAACAUUUGCAGGGGUUGAACCAGAAACAAAAGUCAGGAGAUAUGAUAGAUCUCGAAAAUUGCAUGUGGAAGUGAACUGUCCUAGUAUAAUAUCUGAAUACAACAGACAUAUGGGUGGAGUUGACCUCCUGGAUAGUCUCCUUGGGAGAUAUAAGAUAAUCCAGAGAAGCAAGAAAUGGUACAUUAGACUGUUUUAUCACCUGCUGGAUUUAACUGUUGUAAAUGCAUGGUUAAUUUACGUCCGGGUCCACAAAGAAAGACAAGAACCACACCUAAAACUAGCUAUGUUCCGGUUACAACUAGCUCAAAGUUUAUGCAAAUUCGGAAUGACAACAACACCAACAAGAGGCCGCCCCUCACUUGCCAGCAAGAAACCUAAGAAAGCUGUGGCUUGUUCUGGUCCUCCUAAAGAAGUCAGAUUGGACAACAUUGGACACUGGCCAGACCAUACAGAAAAAAAACAGCGUUGUAAAAUGGAACAGUGCAAGGGGUUUACUGUUAUAAAGUGUGUUAAGUGUACAGUUCCAUUGUGCUUAAACAAAACAAAUAACUGUUUUGUCAAAUAUCAUACUCUUUGA